AUGAUUUUUGUAGCUCUUAUAUUUUCCGCGUUUGGAUUGUUGUUUAAGGCUGCAGAUGUUUCGAGCGCGACAAAACAUCAGAUGAAUCAUGUCACCCAAAGAGACAACAAAACGCCGGUCGAUAAUAUCACUGCAUCUACCAACUGCCGGCGCCAUGUGCAUUUCAACAAUUUCUACCAAUACUGCUUACAACCAACCAGCGUCAUCAAAGCUAAGCUUGGCAAAGUAGAAAACCAACUGGACGACAUACAGAAAAAGAUCGAGUCUCUGGUAGCGCUGGUCAACUCUUCUCUAUGCAAGCUGACGAUAAGUAAGCCCAAUGAGACAGAAGAGAAACCUACGCUAGUGACACCACCGGGAACAAGUGGGUACUAAGGAGUGGACAUUAAUUUGUAUCCUAAAAAACAACGCAGCGGAGAACGGGGGCGGCUUCAGGCAAUUUCUAGAAAUUCGAUUAUUAAAUUUUUAUGCAGAGACUGGAUUCUGUUUCGUCGGCACUCGGCAAUUCAAGUACUAUCUUGACAGAAAAGUUCAGUGGUAACUUUAUUAGGUUUCAGUUUCUCAGUUUCUUGUUAACCAAUGUUGCAUUCCUUUUUUAGGUAAAAAGAGCUGUGCUGACUUUUACAAAUCUGGUCAAAGGAAGAGUGGUGUCUACAAAAUAAAACCCGACAGUCUCGGCCCCUUUGAUGUGUUCUGUGACCAAAAAACAGCCGGUGGAGGUUGGACUGUCAUCCAGAAGAGACUGGAUGGUUCAGUUAAUUUCAAACGCGGAUGGAAGGACUACAAAAAUGGCUUUGGAAACCUGAAUGGUGAGUUUUGGCUCGGACUCGACAAAAUGCACCGCCUGACGAAAACGAAAAACAAACUUCGAGUGGAUUUGCAAGACUGGAAAGGAAAUUCCGCUUAUGCUGAAUACAGCUUGUUCGCUGUGUCAAGAGAACAAACUAAGUACAAACUGAGUCUCGGAUCCUAUUCUGGUAAGUUCGUAGGCGAUUGCCUUGUGUUGUAAACCACAAUUCAUACCUUUGAAGUUUUUAGAGGGUAAUAUUUCUGCUCGACUCCUUUCUACAAGAAGUCGAUAUGACGUUACUGUGGUCCAUUUGAUUUGAUCCAGGUUUAAUACGAGAUGUUAUGCCACAACAACCAGCAACAAGAAUUAACCCUAAGAACUAUUACUUUGUUUCUUUGUUUUCGCUUUUUUCUCCGAGAAAAACUAGUGAUUCUCCUUCGCAACUCACACAAGCCCAAAUACCCCUCCCAUCCAAACGAAGCGACUACACACGGCCCUAAACGUCAGAGGAACAAAUGCGUUUGCCUUAGCUUUGAAAGAAGGCAUUUUAGAAUUUAGUCUACCAUAUGUAUCUAUUGUAGUUUUGGACCAGCCUUUUUACAUGCUUCUAAUGGAACAACCGUAGUGGAUUUCUUCAUAGAGUUGCUGAAAUCAGACACGAUGACUAUUUUGUUUCCUUUGGCGUAUUUUGAACCCUAACUAACAGUAUUUACCGUUUCAAAUGUACUUCGUAUUCUUCGAGAGGUUAAUAUGUAUUAUUACAGGAAAGAUUAGUUAAUGAUAGGUGUUUGUGUGUGCUUCUAUUUUCAGGAAACGCAGGUGACUCUUUAGGAUAUCACCGUGGUUCUACUUUUACAACCAAAGACCGCGACAAUGAUAAAAGCGGAGCCGGCAACUGUGCUCACUACUACCAAGGGGGGUGGUGGUUUAACAGCUGUGUGACCGCCAGUCUGAAUGGCUUCUACUAUCACGGACCGCACUUAUCUGACCAAGAUGGUAUUACCUGGCGCGCGUGGAAAGGCCUCAGAUACUCGGCUAAAAGAGCUGAGAUGAAGAUUAGACCAGUGGAUUUCUAA